AUGACAUCGUCUGUCCCCAAAAAGAAGGUCAUCAUCAUUGGUGCCGGCGCAUUCGGCCUGUCGACCGCUCUGCAUCUCCAACGGCAUCACCGAGAUGAUGUGGACGUGCUGCUGCUUGACUCUGCAUCAUUUCCCUCAAUCGACUCUGCCUCUGGAAACGACACAUCUCGCGCCAUACGAAUGGACUAUGCUGAUCCCUUCUACGCCAAGCUUGCCAAAGAAGCCAUCGAGGCCUGGCAAACCGACCCCGUGUUCUUGCAGCAUUUCCAUCUCUCUGGACGUAUCGGAGCUCAGCCUCCUGGGCACACGAAUGUCGAAAAGUGCAAGCAUGUCCUACGGGCCAACGAGGUAGACGUGGAGGACUUUGGAGAGGCAGACAAGGUGUCAGCUCUUCACAGCAAGUUUCCUCUCCUGGGAAAUAAAGAUAAGCUUCAGGGAUGGGACUUCUACUACGUCAACCACGCUGGGUGGGCGAACCCUAAGGAAGCUGUCAUCUCAGCCAUGAACGACUUUGAAUCUCUCGGGGGCAAACAAAUCAGCGAUCCACAGUCUGGACGUGUUGUCGCCAACAUCCUCUCUGGUAAUCAGAUCCGCGGAGUCCAGACCGCCGACGGGCAGUCACACUUUGCCGAGCAUGUCAUCUACGCCACAGGAGCAUUCUCAACCUCCAACAAGGAACUUCUCCCCGGUCUUGGCACCCAGAUACAUCCCACUGGUUUUGCCAUUGCGCACUGGAAACUGGAUGACCCAGGAGAGCUGAGAGCUUGGGAAGGUUAUCCUGCCGUAGACAUCUACCAUAACGGCUAUUUCUUUCCUCCAGACCCCGCCACCGGUCUCAUGAAGCUUGGGUUGGGAAUCGUGGGGUUCACGCAUGACGAGAAUCCUCGAUCAAGCUGGGAGGACCAAUCCGACGUCGGCAUUGCUCUUCGGAAUAGCGAUCUUGUCGGCACCAACGAGGCCGGAAAGAUCCCGUCCAUCGCAGAAGAGGGCAUCCGUUGGAUCCUGAACAGAUGGGCGCCAACCCUGGCCACGAAGAAGUUCUUUGACAUGAAAAUAUGCUGGGACGCCAUGACAUCCGAUGGAAGCUGGUUGAUUGAUCAUCACCCAGAUAUCCAGGGUCUCAGUGUUGCGACCGGAGGAUCGGGCCACGGUUUCAAGUUUCUCCCUGUCGUUGGGAGCUUCAUCAGCCAAACUCUUGGCCUCGGUGAGAGUAGUCGGACUGCUGGGCCCAAGCUUGAAGAGAUGAGGAGCAAGUGGCGUUGGGGCCGGCCUUCAAACAUGGAUGUCAAGGAUCGGAAGGUUGUGCUGCAAGGGCGACCUGUUUUGAAUGUUACGCAUCAUUUGAGAGCUCAGACACCCGGGCAGAUUAACGACAUG